AUGUCGCAGCCGAUCCGAAUCAAGAAGCCCUCUGCUUCUGCUUCUGCUUCCACCUCCACCUCGGCGUCUGCUUCGGCAUCCACAUUCGCCGCACCAGCUGCAAGCAUCCACACGGGUCCAACCGCCUCCGGAAAUGCUUCCGAAGCUCACACACAAAAUGUCGUUGUGCUGGGAGGCUCUUACGGUGGCAUGCACGCCGCCACCGUCCUAGCUCAGAAACUUCCUCCCUCCCACCGUGUCAUCCUCAUCGAACGCAAUUCGCACUUCAACCACCUCUAUGUUUUUCCACGCUUCUCCGUCCUGCCUGGUCACGAGCACAAGGCUUUCAUUCCAUACUCGAGUAUCUUCAAAGAUGCACCUGCACGUCCCAAGUCACACGCCCAGCGGGGUCGACCAGGCGCCUCCUCAUCCACAAGCACAAAGCAGUCGGAUCGAUCGUCGGCGGCAUCAGCCAACACCAACACGCGAAAUGCCCUCGAAAUGGGCUCGACCUCCUCCUCGGCCGACUCCAAGUCGGGCUCUUCGCGCAGAGCCGCUGGUUCGGCUUCGGCGCCAAGCUCCAUGCCCGAUGUGCCGGAAGACUCUCCAGUGACUGAUGCUGCUUUGGUCGGCAGUGGCGACGAGGAAACCAACUCAUUUCGAUCAGACUCGCCCGCCUCUUAUCGUGGUCGCUCCCAGGACAGCCGACACUCUUCGCAGCUCUCCCUUUCGACCGAUUCCAGUUUGACAGAUUCCGACUCGAACAGCACCGCAGCUUCUUCCUACGUUGAUAUCGACGUCAAGGUUGCGAGCUCCAAGGGCGUCGAGUCUGAGCUUGCGCACAAUGCGGUGAAAGCACGCCAGGAGGAAAAGCUGGGUCGUCCUGAAAUUCAAGUUACCGAGCUCAGCGAGGCUGUCAAGCAAGGACUCGACUUGGAUGGACAGGAUGAGGUGGAUUGUGGUGAAGAUGUCGCUCAUGGGUUCGAGAACUCGUCCCCGCACAUUAUUUUGCAGGCCACGGUUACGGACAUCUCGCCGACUCACGUCACCGUCACUCCUACCUCGCCAUCCUCCUCGUACCAGCUCUCCCAGUUUUCGCGCAAGAAGUCACUCUGGGCCAUCGACAGCGUUCAGAUCCCCUACUCGCAUCUGGUCUACGCGCUCGGCAGCCAUCUUCCGGACCCUUUGCGCACCGAGGCACGUUUCAAGCAGGACGGAGUGAGCUGGAUGCGCGAGAUCCAGGAGCGCGUCAAGGCAUCCAACGAGAUUGUUCUGGUGGGUGGCGGUGCAUUGGGAGUCCAGUUUGCGUCCGAUAUUGCCUCGGUGUAUCCGGGCAAGAAGGUGACGCUGAUCCACUCCAGGCAGAAGCUGCUGCCCAACUUCGACGAGCGCAUCCAUGACAUUGCCUACCACAGGCUGAAGCAGCUUGGUGUGAAUGUGGUGUUGGGCGAGCGACUCGCGCUGACCGAGGGGUGUCCGCGCGGCUCGAGCGUGCAGAACUCGGCUGCGAACGCGAACGGCACUGCGGUGACUGCAAAAGCUGCUGCUGCGCAGCCUGUCAAGCCCGAGGUGUGCGUCACGGGCGACGCGAAAGGCGAAGGCGUGCUGGCGCAUCAGGAGGGGAUGUGCAUCGGCAGCGGACGCAAGCUCGUCCGCACCACGGGUGGCAAGUCGUUCGAAUGCGACUUGCUGCUGCUCUGCACGGGACAGCAGCCCAACUCGUCACUCAUGGCCAGGCUGAGUCCGAGCUCGGUCGAUCCCAGCAGCCGGCUGGUGCGCGUGCAUCGGAGCUUGCAGGUGGUCGUGCCCGACCCGCGCGACGCGGCGCAGCAGCCAUUCGACGCCAAACCGCCGUGUGGCGACUGUGACUGCUUCCUCGACAAGAAGGCCAACGGCGCCCAACUCGAGAGCGGAGAGGAAGGCCAUCUUGCCGAACACCUCGGGCUCAGGUCCGGCAAGCUGAGCAACGUCUACGCCAUCGGCGAUGUCGCGGACGCCUUCGGCGCACUCAACGCCGGCUACCAGGCUUGGAACAUGGCGGAUGUCGCCUCGGAGAACAUCCUGCGCGAUAUUCAGGCCAAGACUUCCUCUGCGACGGAGGGCACGUCGAAGAGUCGACCCAGCUCGCCGACCGAGAAGGUCGAGAUGGUCCAGUUCGAGCCCGCGGUCAACAUGCUCAAGCUGAGUCUGGGCCUGGGCAAGAUGGUCUUCCAAGGGCCCGCGAUGGCCGACGACACACCGGAGGACAAGAUCCACCCGGAAGAGACGGGGUGUUUGGAUGGGCCUGGUGGCAAGGACCUGGUUGUCAACGGCAGGAUCCCCGGCCGAGCAGAGAUCACCAUCAAAGACGAUCCCAACGACCUCGGCGUAGAAGGCGUGUGGAGCUUCAUGGCCAAUGCAGAUCCGAGCGAUAUGUUCAAGUAA